AUGCCUCAGGAGAGGGCAAGUGGCCUAUGGCGUUCUGAAGAUAUGGUGCGACUAAAUAUCAUUACACAGCGUGAGGCUUUCUACGAUACUGUUGUCUGCAUUGGUUUACUUGGAAAGGCACAAUUUGUUGAUGUCUGUGGUGAUGCGACUGUUUUUGGACGACCCUACACAGCGGAGAUUCGUCGAUGCGAUGAUUUAGAUCGAGAAUUACGUUUUCUCAUGGAAGAGUUUGAACGAGAAAAGUGUUUGACAGAAGAAGAUGUCUUACCAGUCAAUACAACGGAUGAUAUUUGGUCUCUAUUACACAGCAGUCCGUUGGACGAGGCUGAAGAAAGGAUUAAUGCUAUGACUUCAGAACUACGCGCUGUUAACGCGUCACUGGAAGAACUUAGACGCGAAAUAAAUUACCAUCAUGAGUUGUAUUUAUUACAUCUACGUCUAAAGGAACUCUUGCCAUCACAGCAGGAACAAUCUCUUACAGAACUUCUACAAACCCCAUACCUUAUUGGAAUGAUAGAUGCGACCAAGACAGAAGUAUUAUAUGCUAUGGUAUAUCGUGCAACCAAAGGUAACGCUUUUGUGGAGCUUGAUAAUAAACCUGCCAUGUUACUUGAUACCACGACAGGCAUAUCAUGUGUUGCAAAGACAUCUUUUAUUAUUUUUACUCCUUCAGUAAGUGCGUUUAAAGGGGUAGAGCGAUAUCUUCUUAGUCUCGGUGCAACACUUCAUACAAUUGGAAAUGCUUCACUUGAGGCAACAGAAGAUAGGAAACAGGCGGCAGAUGAAUUAAAUCAGAUGUAUGAAGAAGUUCAAUCUCGGAAACGAGAUUUACUAAAACAACACGCCCGAAGUUAUUUUACUCUCCUUCAACUUAUUAAAAUGAGAAAACGUGUUUUUUCAACCAUGAAUCUUUGUACUGUCUCUGGUGCGACAUGCACGGCUUCUGUAUGGAUUCCUAGAAAGUACGAGGAUGCACUACGUGCGUCUAUAAGGAAAGCAUUACAUGUAUCAUCAGGUGAAGUUUUAUCAGUAGUUACACCUCAUGCAUCACAAAAAAAUCCACCUACAUAUUUUGAAACUAAUGCUUUUACGGAAUGUUUUCAGGGUAUUGUAAAUAGUUAUGGUAUGGCACGAUAUAAAGAGGUAAAUCCAGGUGUAUUUACUAUUGUGACAUUUCCAUAUCUUUUUGGUAUUAUGUAUGGAGAUAUGGGUCAUGGUAUGCUUCUUCUUUUUUUUGCCCUCUUUUUUAUCGUAAUAGAGAUAAAAUGGAGAGGUCAUAAAAAAAAUGAAAUGUUAGCUAUGCUUCUUAGUGGACGCUAUUUACUAUUAUUAAUGGCUCUUUUUUCUAUUUACAUGGGAGCCCUUUAUAAUGAUUUUUUCGGUUUUUCUAUUGGAUUAUUUUCUAGUGCUUAUGUCUGGCCUCCUAUUAAUGAGCAAAAUGGUAUGAUAUAUCCACUGGAAAACGUAACUAGAUCACAUGUUUAUCCAUUAGGAAUUGAUGUGGCAUGGACAGAAACAGAAAAUAAAUUAGAGUUUUAUAACUCUGUAAAGAUGAAAUGUGCUGUUAUUGUUGGUGUUAUUCAAAUGUUGACAGGAAAUAUUCUUUCUUUGCUUAAUUAUAUCUACAAUAAUGACUAUCCAAAAAUUUGUUUCCUCUUUAUUCCAGAGGUUGUUUUCUUAUUAUGUACGUUUGGUUAUAUGUCGAUUCUUAUCGUUAUCAAAUGGUGUACAAAGUGGGAAAAUACAAAUGAAGCACCAAGUAUACUGGAAAUCAUGACAAAUUUUUUUCUUCAGCCUGGUACUGUAAACCAAUCUCUUUUUAAAGGACAGGCUAUUGUACAAAUUGUUUUGCUUCUUUUAUCUGUUGCCAUGAUUCCAGUAAUGUUAGUAAUGAUGCCAGUUAUUGAAGUCCGUAGGCACCGAAAACGUAUGCGUUACUUUUUACAUUCCCGUACUGGUUCAUUACAUUCACUUGGUGAAGAUGGAAGAAGACAUAACAAACAAGAUUCUCAAAGUGAUUUUCAUGCUGAGGUUGUAGUUUCUCAACCUAAUUUAUCUGGAACUGCUGUUAUAAUUGAUGAAUAUUCUAAAAAUACAGUGGAUGACAUUUACAGUUUAAAAGAAAAUAGUCAUACUGAAGGUGGAAGUGUUGAAAAUGAAGAGGAGUUAGUUUCACAUUUUGAACUCUCUGAAGUUGUGAUUCAUUACAUAAUUCAUACCAUUGAGUAUGUUUUAGGUUGUGUAUCAAAUACAGCUUCAUAUCUUCGUCUUUGGGCUCUUUCACUAGCUCACGCACAACUCUCUGAAGUUUUUUUCACAUUUGCCGUUGUAAAAGUACUUAGUUUGGAUACAACCGGAGUUUUCAUCGCUGGAGGUAUAGCUAUAUGGCUUGCAGUUACAGUUGCGGUAUUGGUUGGAAUGGAGGCACUCUCUGCCUUCCUUCAUGCCCUCCGUCUACACUGGGUUGAGUUUAACAACAAGUUUUAUGCCGCUGAUGGCGUUGCAUCAGAGCCGUUUGAUUUAAUGCAACCACAGGAAUAA